GAUGAAAGCAGGUGAAUGGCACAUCGUCUGCGAGCUUGAGUGUGACACUGCGCUAUGUGCUUAAUCCUUAUCAGACGCGUUGAAAACACUCUGAAUCCAACGAUUCGUCAUGCAGAUAUCGAAUGCUGAUAACGCUCUCCCUCUCUCGUGUGUCAUUGUGUCGCGAAUCUAACUGUAAUCAGUGCAACUUUCAUUCAGGUACACUCGCUGAAGCACCGGUUUUCGCUUAGUUACGGGGAGGUAAACAAAUGAAAAAUGACAACUAAUAGAUUUCACAAGGCAGCUAAGGAUGAGUCUCUAACAGUACUAAAAGAAGCUACAAAGAAGGACUGCAAUUCCAGAGAUGAACAAGGAAUGACUCCAACACUUUAUGCCGCGUUUCAUGGCAAGCUGGACGCUUUGAGGCUUCUAUGUGGAAGAGGCGGUGACCCUGACAAAGCCGACUAUUUCGGCAACACGGCCCUUCAUCUGGCGGCAGCGCAAGGUCACAAGAACAUAGUUACCUUCUUGGUCAACUUUGGAGCGAAUAUUUACGCCACCGACGUGGACGGAAGAACUCCGCAAGAGUUGGCAGGGAUCAACAACAGAGAGGACAUUCUACGGCUUAUUGAUGGAGUUCAUGCUAAACUGGAAGCUACUGAUAAGAAAAAGGCUAAGGCUAUGCAGGAGCGAGCCAAAGAAGAUGCCAAGAAAAGAGUUAAGGAAUUUACAAAGAGAAUGCAGAAACAAGAACAGACCCUUGAGAAAUUAGAACGCAGGAAAAGCAAGACAGACCACAGACCUUCUGUGAUAGAGACAUUGAGAUCCAGGAUGGGCGUGCCCAGCCUAUCUGGUACCGGUACGGUAGAAAGACGGAGCACUUACAGUUCUUUAAUCAGUGGAGGAACCAUGACGGGCAAAGGUACCAUGAGUUCAGUCCAAAGGAAGAUACUGGCGAAUAAAAAUAGCAGAUUAGGAACGAUUGACGACGAAUUCAAGAUAAGUGGGAUAGAAGAUGGAAAACGCACUGUCAACUCAAUUAAAGGCAUUAGAAGAGAUUCUGAAGUCCUUUAUGGAGGAACAUUAGAAGCAACGAACUUCGCAAGAAGAGGAAGACUGGAUGGAGUUUUUAAUGAGGCAGAACAGGUCGGCAGCAAAUAUCCCCCACCACCAGGCGCCCUAAUAAGAUCAAAAUCACAACCAGAUUUCUUCCAAGACGUCGGAAAGAAUGAGAAGAAAGAAAUACCCAGUAUCUUUGUAAGACCGGGAAUAGGAAGCAUCGUAAUAAGAAAAAGUCUGAACAGCACAUUUGGGGGAUUUUAUGGCAAUAAUGAAGAAAGUUCCAUUGGUUCAGGAGAAAGUUAUGGUCCAAGGCAAACUACAGAUGACGAACUUUCAGAUUCUGAAUCAAGUGAAGAGGAAGACAACCCAAAUGGUCCCUUAGAACGAUUCCUAACAGCCUUUGGACUGAGCGAAUACCUUCAGAAGUUCGUAGAUCAAAAAAUUGAUCUGGAUACCCUCAUUAUAUUGACUGAAAGUGAUUUAAAAAGCCUGAACUUGCCCUUAGGUCCAUACAGAAAACUCGUCAAUGCAAUAAACGAGAGGAAGGCUGCUUUGGAAAACCCCGGAGAAGUCAAAGACAGUGUAUUGUAGGUUUUUAAAUAAUUACAUAGAAAUUUGAAAAUCGUUUAAGUUAGAUCUUAGAGGAAUAUUUUUGUCUUGGUUGUACAAUUUUUCUUACUUAUCGCGUGCCUAUUUGAAACAGCUUCAAAUAAAAUCAAUUAGAUUUCAUCUAAAACAAGAAUGGGAUAAAUUGAACCAGGAUUUAAGAGGCUUGAAAUGAAAGAUGACUUUUAGAUUCAGUAUUAUUUAUAAAGAAAUGUCCUAUGAAAACUAUUUAUAAAUUAAAACGGAUUAUUAGCAAAAUAUGCUUUUAAGUCUGUUAAACAGAGUAACUGAACAUGGAUGUACAUUUUGGUUUAUUUAUUGUUUUAUAAAAUUAGCUAGUCAUAAGGAUAAUAAACAAUAAAAACAAUCGACGUCUUACUCCUAAAACGUACCUUGUGCUGUUUAGUAUUUACUGAAACAUACUUACGAUGGGCCCGAACUUCAGUAAGUUUUAUUUUAGUG